GGCGGCGGGUGGAGUCGCGAUAGGUCGGUGCUGAGGGUCCCUGUCUGGUGUGUGGCAAAGAAAGAUGAGUUUUCUGAGUGGUUUCUUUGGUCCCAUUUGCGAGAUAGAAGUUGUGCUGAAUGACGCGGAGACCAGGAAAGUUUCAGAGAUUAAAACUGAAGAAGGCAAAGUAGAGAAACACUUCUUGUUCUAUGAUGGCGAGUCAGUAGCUGGAAAGGUCAACAUUGUCUUCAAGCAGCCCGGUAAAAGAUUAGAGCAUCAUGGAAUCCGCAUUGAGUUUGUUGGACAGAUCGAACUUUUCAAUGACAAAAGCAACACACAUGAAUUUGUCAACCUAGUGAAGGAGUUGGCCUUACCUGGAGAGCUGACUCAGAGUAGAAAUUAUGAUUUUGAAUUUAUGCAAGUGGAGAAACCAUAUGAAUCGUACAUUGGGUCGAAUGUGAGGCUGAGAUAUUUCCUUAAAGUGACAAUAGUACGGCGUCUUACCGAUCUGGUUAAAGAAUAUGACCUUAUCGUUCACCAGCUGGCUACCUACCCUGAUGUGAAUAACUCCAUCAAAAUGGAAGUUGGGAUAGAGGAUUGCUUGCAUAUAGAAUUUGAAUACAACAAAUCAAAGUACCAUUUGAAAGAUGUCAUUGUUGGAAAAAUCUACUUUCUUUUGGUCAGAAUAAAAAUCCAGCACAUGGAGUUGCAGUUAAUAAAAAAAGAGAUCACUGGAAUAGGCCCUAGCACUACGACUGAAACCGAAACCGUUGCAAAAUAUGAAAUCAUGGAUGGAGCACCAGUCAAAGGUGAAUCUAUUCCGAUUCGGCUGUUCAUCGCAGGGUACGAUCCAACACCAACAAUGAGAGACGUCAACAAAAAGUUUUCUGUCAGAUAUUUUUUAAACCUGGUUCUCGUGGAUGAAGAAGACAGAAGAUAUUUCAAACAACAGGAGAUCGUCUUGUGGAGAAAAGCUCCCGAAAAGAUCAAGAAAAGAACCAAUUUCCAUCAACGGUUUGAGCCCCAGGAACCACAAGCAUCAGCUGAAGAGCCAGAGAUCUAAUUGUGCAUUUCCUGAGCAGAUGAAGGAUGGAAGCAGAAAUCUAAAGGCCAAACCUCCCAUCAGAUAGUCUUCCUUCAUCUGGCGCUGCUGCAUAAAUGUACCACACUAAACACUCUGGGGGUCUGUAUGUAAUUCCACAUGUACAUAUAUAAAUAUCGAGUGCUUUUGCUGAAAAACACUGGACCUUUCUCAGACUAGCGUUUUAUAACUCGUUUCAUUUUAAUUUUCAGGUUAUGACAUGGCACAUGCAUUAAGCUCAAACUCUUUCGCUUCAUUUUUUCUUUUUGUUGGUGCAUGUCAGGCUGGUGUAAAUGGAAAAUUAAAAGCCUUUCCCCUAAUACUGUUGGUGUCUGCUAAACUUGUUUCUUAUAUUUAGUUUGGGAUUUCUAAAAUCAGGCAGAUAAUAAUAUAAGUUGUCCCCAAAUCCUUCGGUUUCACCUUAAAAACGAGGCUGUUAUUAAACAUUGGAAGCUGUGUUUAUGUGUGGAUUUUAUCUGACACUUCUCUAAGAUGUUUCCCCGCGUCUGUCUCUAUCUGUAUGCCAAAUGGUUACAUUGUCAAUGUUUUUUAUAUACCGUGAGACAAACACAUUUGCAACGUAGCUAAUAUAAAGAGCUGACCUAAUAUUCAGAGUAUAAUUAAAUAAGGAAAGAUUAUUCCAUUUUUUUUUUAUUUCCUUGGUUUUGUUCCCUUUCACAUAAUGGUAACAUAGACGAUUCUAAUUUGCGAUGUAUAUAAAUUGCUUUAUUAUAUUGUAAAAGUAUUUUAUAUACCCAGUUUUGGGGAGAGAAAUACUGAUAAAAAAUAAAAUCUUAUGAACCGUA